AUGUACCUUGGUUUAUAUAGCGCUUCCGUCAGAGCGGCAACGCUUGAUGGAGGUGGCAGACGACGUGACUGGGGCUACUGGGACACGCCUGCGAAAGAGCUGAAGCUAUGCUACAAUGCUCUAUACAGCGCAAACCCCACAAACUUUAGUGACUUCCUGGAUGGAUCCCCCAGUAAAAGGCUGAAGGCACUCGCGGCCCAGUGCCGCAGCUAUCCCAGUGGCCCCCUCGCGGCGGCCGUCUACCUGCCUCUGGUCCGGCGGGAGCCUUGGGAAGGCAGACAGGCCAAUGGCGGGACCUGUGACGGCACCGCACGGACUGACGGGACAGCUCCCAUCAGCGACAGUGGGACCCCGACGCCCCAUGAGCCCAAUAGCUACAGCGCCGGCGGAGGCAGUACCGCCGCCGCGGCCGCGGCAGCUACUGCCGGGGCUUGUGAGCCUCGCCUUUCGGAGUCGAAUGCAGCGGCGCUGCGCAACGCGACCGCCACCCUGGAGGCUCUCUUUCGGGAUCUGGAUGCACAGCCGCCGCCAGCGCCAUCAUACUCCUUUCCUUCCUUUUUAGAUCUUACUGGCGCCGCUGGCGGCAGUCGCGCCGUCAGCAACGCCAACGCCACGGCGGCUGCCGCCGCAGCCGCCGCCGGUGCUGAUGCUGAUGCUGGUGCUACCCCGGCCGCAACCGCAAUCGGGGCCUGUGUACUUCGGUUAAUGCUGCUGUAUGAGCUGGUCGCCGACGAGGUGAUGGCCGCGCUAAUGCCUAUUAACGCGCUGCGCAAUGCAGCAAUCCUGGCAGCGGAUACUCCUCUCGUGGCAAUGGUGGACGUGGACCUGUCUCCCAGCUUGAGCCUUUCGCAGCACCUUCUGUCGAACCGAACCAGGGCUGCCGAGCUGCAACGGCGGGCGGAGGCAGAGCGCACUGUGUGGGUCAUCCCCGCCUUCGAUACGCAACGACGGCUGAGCUUACCCGGGCGGGAAGCCGUGGCGGACUUGGCAGUGGCAGUUCCCCACAGCGCCAAAGGCACCAGGCUGGUUGCCUUGUGGAAGAAGGCCGAGAAGAUCUACCCGUUCGCAUACGAUGUGUAUCGAGCCGGCCACAGCGCAACCGACUACAAUAAGUGGUUCCGGAGCAAGCUGGACUACCAGGUCAGCUACCGGCCUGGCUAUGAGCCGUGGUUCAUCGGCGCCAGGAUGGCACUGCCUGCGUACGACGCCCGUUUCAGGGGCUACUCAUGGAACAAGGUGACUAACGUUCGUCACGUGGCGGCCCUGAGAUUCUCGUUCUGGGUGAUUACGGAUUCCUGGCUGGUGCACCGCCCUCAUGCGCCCACUGCCUCAUGCACCGUCUGCACCAAGGAAAAGCCUUCCAAGAGUUCACCACCUCUCCCCUCUGAGAAGGUGACGACGGCGGCGCUUGACAAGCGAAUCCGGUUUAAAGGCAAGUGGCAUCGAGCUCGCGAUGCCUUCAUUCGGCGAGCCAAGGGCUUCUACCAGUCGGCUGUGGACCUGAUGCGUCAGGGCAAUUACGAGCCAGUAACCGACGUCGCAUGGCGGAACUGCCGGCGGGUGCUGUCCUGGUGGCAGCAACGCGACGGCGGGGACGCUAGCGGUGCCGCUGGCAACGCGUCGGCAGCGGCGACGGCAAGGUAG